UACUACUUCAUUCUUCGUUCGUUACGUAAACUAAAAAUCAUCGUUCUCCGUUUUGGCUUGGAAAGUUUCGAAUUCUAAUAAUGGCUAUGGCUUUAGUGAAUGCUGGUACUUGUUUCCGCGAAAUAGGCAAGUACUGCAAAUGUCUAAUAGUACAUCAAAAAGCAGCUCAAAGUACUGCUGCUGUAUCUCGCACCAAAACGUUUUCAAUUUAUCGUUGGGACCCAGAUAAAGCUAAUGAAAAACCUCGCAUGCAAAAUUAUGAAGUAGAUUUGAAUAGUUGUGGCCCAAUGAUACUGGAUGCGUUGAUUAAGAUAAAAAAUGAAUUGGAUCCCACACUUACUUUUCGAAGAUCUUGCCGUGAAGGUAUAUGUGGCUCCUGCGCAAUGAAUAUUGGUGGAGUAAAUACAUUGGCGUGUAUCUGUAAGAUUGACACAGAUCCUAAAAAGCCUACUAAAAUAUAUCCUUUACCUCAUAUGUAUGUUGUCAAAGAUUUGGUACCUGACAUGAACAAUUUUUAUCAACAGUAUAAAUCAAUACAACCUUGGCUUCAGAAUAAGAGCAGUGAAGCUUGUGGUGAAAAGCAAAAUUUGCAAAGCAUUGAAGACAGAAAGAAACUGGAUGGACUGUAUGAAUGUAUUUUGUGUGCUUGUUGCUCAACUUCAUGUCCCAGUUAUUGGUGGAAUGGAGAUCGUUAUUUAGGGCCUGCUGUUCUCAUGCAAGCUUAUCGAUGGGUUAUUGAUUCUCGAGAUGAAGCAACUUCUGAGCGGCUUGACAAGUUAAGAGAUCCGUUCUCUGUAUAUCGAUGUCAUACAAUCAUGAACUGCACCAAAACUUGUCCCAAGAGCUUAAAUCCUGGACGUGCUAUUGGGGAAUUGAAGAAGUUGUUGUCUGGGUUGGCUAAGAAAGAUGCACCUCAAAUGAGCGGCAGUGCGUAGAUGAAUUGAAUUAUAUAAUAAGCAAGAAAUAGAACUUUUUCACCAUUAGUUCAUCUGUGAUGUUAGAUGUAUUGCAAUUUAUGAGUGGUAGUUCUUGGAUGUUGUAUAAAUGGAAUAAAAAAUCUCAUUGA